AUUUCGGUUUUAUUUUCCAUCAUAAGAAUCCGGUUAUCCAAUUCUCAUCUCUAUCUAAGUUUUCCGAUCAAUCGCCGUCGCGAUCUAGGUUUUCCGAUCAAUCAUGCCGAAGAACAAAGGUAAAGGAGGUAAGAAUCGUAAGCGAGGUAAGAACGAAGCCGACGACGAGAAACGCGAACUUGUUUUCAAAGAAGACGGACAAGAAUACGCUCAAGUUCUUCGUAUGCUCGGAAACGGAAGAUGCGAAGCCAUGUGUAUCGACGGAACGAAGCGUCUCUGUCAUAUCCGUGGUAAGAUGCAUAAAAAGGUAUGGAUCGCAGCUGGAGAUAUAAUUCUUGUAGGUUUGAGGGAUUAUCAAGAUGAUAAGGCUGAUGUUAUUCUUAAGUAUAUGCCUGAUGAAGCUAGACUUCUUAAAGCUUAUGGAGAAUUACCGGAGAAUACUAGACUUAAUGAAGGUAUUGCUGGUGGUCUUGAUGAAGAAGAUGAAGGAGCUGGUGAUGAUUAUAUUGAAUUUGAAGAUGAAGAUAUUGAUAAGAUUUAGGGUAAUUUUACUUGAUCUAUUUGAUAUUUUAACUUGAAUUUGAUGAAGUUAUUAUAUGUGUAUGUGUUGUUGUUGUUGUUGGUAUAUUGAUGAUAUGUUGAAAUUGUGAUGGUUUUUAUGUGUUGUGAUGAAUAAUGACUAUGGUUUUAUUAUGUUGAAAAUUGUUUGUGUUUUUGAGUUGGAUA